AGAAAAGUUAGAAAGACAGGUAAAUUUGUGGCAGCUGUUAAUAAGUCGUAGGAAUUGUGAUGAGUAUACACAGUUCAUGUAUCGUGAUGCAUCGUAUUUAAGUUCAUUGAACUCUGAAGGAACAUACAUAUACAUAGCAUUGAUGGUGGCUUAUCCACUACGAGUACUGGAUCUUCGAGUUCAUCAAGGAAAACCAAACGUAUCUCAAAUCAGAUUACAGAACAAUCGAGGUUUCCUGACAUCAUUUAAGAGAUAUAACGUAAAGAUGUGGUUGAAGGUAGUUAAACGCGGUUACGUAGAAAUGAAAUUGGAUGAUGUUUCAAAGAAAAUUGUGGCAAGUACAGUGCAAGAUGUAUAUAGUGGAAAUAUUAUACCAGAUCACAUGUUAACAACAAAGUAUAACAACAAUCCAUUCUUCCGAGAUGCAUUGAGGCAGAUAAUAAAGAAGAAAUUGGUUAAUAAGGGGACUUUCGAACAGAUAUUUGACAAUCGCGUGAACAAAGCGAUGGAACUGCUGAAGAG